AUGCCGCGCCAACCUGCUUUCAAGGUCGCUUUCCGACCGAAAAAUAGUCGCAGCAGCGCAUCCUCAAGCAGCAAUCGCCGUGGAAAGACUCGUCGUGCUACUGCCUCCACAAGCACUUCGCGUCGCUCUUCCGUCCACUCAGCUUCAACUACGCAUGCAGGGCUAAGCAGACCACGCGUUCAAAUUUACAGAGGGCCAUUUCUGGACGAUACAUCCACUGAAACGCCCUCUGAGGUGAAUCAGCAGGCUGAUGAAAACGACGACUUGCUCAAUGAAGUCAUAAUGGCUGUCGACCUGACUUCACGCGGCACGGUAGGCUGCUGUUACUAUGUAGCCAGGGAGGAGAAACUGUAUUUUAUGGAGGACAUGCAAUUUGGGAACGCGGACGUGGUUGACUCGUUGAGAGUAUACAUCGAUCCUACAGUCAUUCUGGUUUCGAACAAGAUCGAUGACAAAGUUAUUGAUCGUUUUGACCCAGAGGCGAAGAGUGGCGGGUCUACCAGCAGCGACAACGACCAGUUUCGCCUUCCGUUUCUGCUCGAAGUGAGACCUCCCAGCGAAUUCAGUUACGAUUCAGCAAAGGUAAAACUUGUGAGUCUUCGCCUAGGAGAAGACAAUGGCACCAGAAUCGAAUUCAAUAUUCCAGGAGAGCUUGCCACAGUCGGCCAUCCAGGGGAAGAGCAUUCGGUAGGCCAACAGGGAGAACUGCUCCGUCUCGCAGGCUGGAUCGACUUGGAGAGUCGCUCAACGGUGGGUUGUGCUGGGUCGCUCAUCUCGUAUCUGCAACGCCGACGUGCUGCUGCGUACCUUCCUGGGGAUCGUUCAGCAAAUCUCAUGUUUCGCAUCGCGAUACUCGAAAUGUUCAGUCUUCGCGAGACCAUGUUCAUAAACACUGAUACCCUUCAUUCACUGCAGAUAUUGGGUGCCGAAUCGCAUCCGCAUUCGCACAACAAGGGUCCGACCAAGGCCAGCUCGGGCGAAAAAGAGGGGCUCUCUGUAUACGGUCUAUUUCAUCAUCUAGCACGAACACCACAAGGAAGGCUUCUACUGAGACAGCAGUUUCUACGACCCAGCUUAAACAUGGAUGUCAUCAAUGAGAGGCUGAAUACUGUGGGCGUGUUCACUCGUCCGGACAACGAUUUCGCGCUUCAAGCACUCGUACAGAACCUCAAGCAUAUCGGUAACAUGCGUGUCACAAUGACCAACCUAAGAAAAGGAGUCAGUGGCUCGACCGGAGGGGCUGGAGGAUUUGCCAAGAGCAUCUGGACGUCCAUCCGAGCCUUUGCGUUCCAUGCUCUCAAAAUUAAAGACACACUUCAGGAUGUACUCGGUGGAGAAAAUUUGACCAUCAGAAACAAGGUGUUCGAAAAGCUUGAAGGCUACCACUUGGCUCAAAUCGGGCGUAAAAUCAGUGAAACCAUUGACCUGAAGGGAUCAGUGGAGCAAGGCCGGACUGUCAUCAUGCCCGGCAUUGACGAAGAGCUGGACCAGAUGAAGUUAACUUUAGACAGUCUUGAUGAUCUCUUGAACCAGGUUGCGAGAAAACUUUCUGAGAAAAUGCCCGUUAGUUUACGGGCCACUCUGAAUGUGAUAUACUUUCCUCAAAUCGGAUUUCUCUGCACGACCCCGAUCAAUCCAGAUACAGGCAACGCAAUCUACAGUGGCAGUCUAGACCGUCCCUGGGAGAGGAUGUUUGUCACAGAAGAGCAAGUAUACUUCAAGAACAGCGAGACAAGAGAGAUGGAUGACCACUUUGGCGACGUUUAUGGUAUCAUCUCGGAUCGCGAGAUUGAAAUCAGUCAUGAAGUAGCUCAGUAUCUACUUCAAUAUGAAGAGCUGCUGAUCACCUGUUCCGAUAUCUGUGGGGAGCUUGACAGUUUGCUUGCCUUGGCCCAGGGUGCAAAGAUGUAUAAGCUUUCUCGUCCACGUAUGACAAACGAAAACAUCGUACACGUUGAGGGCGGACGGAUUACUGCUGACAUUGACAGUCAUAUGCUCCAAGAGCUUUUGGUAUCUUCUUUUGUCGCAAAUGACACCACACUGAGGGGAGGUGAAGGCCACCAGGGUGCAAACGAAGAUCGCCCACAUUAUGGCAUAGGAGAACAGGUGCUCACCAGCUCAGCGCCUUACCACGCAUAUCCCCACAAAGACGCACCGAGCAUACUCAUCUUGACUGGCCCUAACUACUCGGGAAAGAGCGUAUAUCUGAAACAGGUUGCUCUAAUAGUCUACAUGGCGCAUGUCGGGGGCUUUGUACCAGCAGAUACUGCAAUGAUUGGGCUGACGGACAAGAUCCUCUCUCGAGUCACAACGCGUGAGUCGGUUUCUCGAUUCCAAAGCGCUUUCAUGAUUGACUUGCAGCAAAUCUCGCUUGCUUUGAGCUUAGCCACACACCGAAGUCUCCUCCUCAUUGACGAGUUUGGCAAAGGCACUGAGUCAAGUGAUGGAAUUGGUCUAGCUUGUGCUGUCAUGGAACACCUGUUGAGCUUAGGAAGUGAAAGGCCAAAAGUCAUUGGAGCUACCCAUUUUCAUGAAAUAUUUGAAAUGGGUUUGCUUCAACCUCGACCUGCACUUGGACUUGGAUACAUGGAAGUACGCGUGGAUACUGAAGCUUCUGAAGUUUGUGAUCAAAUCACUUACCUAUACAACUUCCGCCAAGGACGAAGUAACUCAAGUUUUGGCACAUGCUGCGCCGCCAUGAAUGGCGUUCCUUCUGAGAUUGUGCAACGCGCAGAAAACCUUCUGCUCCUCUCAGCACGAGGCGAAGACCUAGUUGCAGCAUGCUGUCAGAUGCCAGAAGACGAAAUAGCUGAGCUUGAAGAGGCAGAAAAAAUCGCAAGGAACUUUCUCGAGGCGGACAUAUAUCACGAUCCAAAGACAACACUGGAGAAUGUCCUUGCGGCCUCCAUAAUCACAGACUCGUAG